CGCUCAGUACUGCAGCACAUGACAUGUCGGCUCCUCCCAGCUGGCGACGGCCGAGGUUUCAUCGCAUUCUCCUCCUCUCGGUCUCCGUGUCGCAUAGAGAAGGAAGUGCUCCGGCAGGCCAGCACUGUCUGUGGCGGGCGGCCGUGCAUUUCUGACCCUGCUGGGAGGACGCGCUCUAUAGUACAGAAUUGAUGGAGCUAAAUCAUCAUGACAAGAUUCCGCAGAAGAACAUGUAUCACUUUAGGGAUUUUCAUAUUGAUUGUAAGUUCUAUUAUGAUGGGCCUGAAAACAUUGAGACCUGAAGCAGCUGUAUUUGGAAAUCCUUUUGGACUGGGCCUUUUACCUGAAUUUCCAAAAGUCACUGUUGUUCAUAAAGAACCAGGCAUUAAGACCAGUGCACAAGAAGUCACUGAGGCUCGUGCAAAGGCAAUUGUUUCUGCAAGGUCUGUUACUUUCAACAUGGGUGAAUUACCAGCUCCUAAUUAUGACAUUCAUAUUUUCUAUUAUACAUGGUAUGGGAGUCCACAAUUUGAUGGUAAAUAUAUUCACUGGAACCACGAUUUGUUGAAACAUUGGGAUGCCAAAAUUGCUAAUAAUUACCCUUCUGGAAAACACAAUCCUCCUGAGGAUAUUGGAGCUAAUUUUUAUCCAGAAUUAGGGCCGUACAGCUCCAAGGACCCUUCUGUUCUUGAAUCCCAUAUGAAGCAAAUGCGAUCAGCGGCUGUAGGAGUGAUAUCCAUCUCAUGGUAUCCACCAGAAAUGAGUGAUGACAAUGGAGUUCCGUCUGAUGACCUACUGCCAAAUAUAUUAGACAUGGCUCACAAAUACAGCCUGAAGGUUACUUUUCAUAUUGAGCCAUACAAAAAUAGAGAUGACCGCAGCUUACGGAACAAUGUAAAAUAUAUUGUUGACAAAUAUGGGAACCAUCCAGCAUUUUACAAAUACAAGACCACUACCGGUAAAAGUUUGCCCAUGUUUUACAUUUAUGAUUCCUAUAUAACAUCCCCUGACACAUGGGCCAAUCUUUUGACAGCAUCUGGAUCCCAAAGUAUUCGGAAUACACCAUAUGAUGGCAUUUUUAUUGCUUUACUUGUAGAGGAGAAACAUAAAUUUGAUAUUCAAAGAAGUGGUUUUGAUGGACUUUACACAUACUUUGCAACAAAUGGCUUUACAUAUGGAUCCUCACAUCAACACUGGGCCAGUCUGAAACAGUUUUGCAAUGCCAACAACUUGAUUUUUAUUCCAAGUGUUGGGCCGGGGUACAUAGACACCAGCAUACGUCCUUGGAAUUCUAAAAAUACAAGAAACAGGGUUAAUGGGAAAUAUUAUGAAACUGCUCUGAAUGCAGCACUGAUGGAGCGACCUAGCAUCAUUUCCAUCACAUCAUUUAAUGAAUGGCAUGAAGGAACACAGAUUGAAGCGGCAGUUCCGAGAAAGAAUACUCUGAUAAAAUAUGAAGACUACUUGCCUCAUAAACCUAACAUAUAUCUGGAGCUCACACGAAAAUGGUCUGAAAAAUAUAUGAAAGAACGAGAACAAUGGCUGGAGAAAUGACUGUUCAUGUUUACAGUUACUUUAAAAUCCUUAUUCAAAACAUUGCUUUACUAUAGGAAAUCCGAAUUUUCUUUUUAUAUAAAAUGUAUUUUUUAAUUAUCAGUUAAUGCGGAUAAGUUGAGCAUUAUGUGACAAAUCACUAUUGUAUUCUAGCACUGAAAUAUGUUUUGUAUUUGUUAAAGUGACCAAUAGUAAUAUACAUACUGCAGUUCCACUGAAUCUUCAUACAUUCUGAUAAAGAAUUCUUACACUAAAAUAUGUAUUGUGUAUGUGUGUAUAUAUAUAUAUAUAUAUAUAUAUAUAUAUAUAUAUAUAGAGAGAGAGAGAGAGAACAUUUUAUUGCCUUUAUUUGUAGUAAAGGAUGAUGACUUGGCAUAACUUAUGGUGUACCAACUGCUCUUGGGUUUAUAGAAUACAAACGUGUUGCUCUCGGACUAGAGAUAAAUUCAGUUCACUCUGUACAUUAGUACAUUAUCCUUAAUUUAAAUGUAACAUACUGUAUUACCACUUCUCAUUACAAUUCAUGUUUUGUAGAGCAUUUUUUUCUGAAUAAAACAAAAACACUGCCACGUG